CCAGUAGCGAUUGCGAAGCGCUGAUGAUAUAUCGAGAAACCGGACACCAAAGUAUUUUUUAAUUAGUGAUUUUCCGUAUAUUUAUUGUGAUUGUGCGUACAUAAAGUAUCAAAAUGGAACCUAUGACAGUCACUGGGGUUGACUUCUUUUGUCAAGAAAAUGCAAAAGGACACCAUACUGAUGAAUAUGAUUUAACAAAAGGUGAAACACCAACACCGAUAUUAAGAAGAGGAGAAAUAUUCAAGCUCGGUAUAAAUCUAAAUCGAGCAUAUGAUACUGAAAAAGAUGUAAUAAGAGUAAGCUUUGGAUUUGGUGAAAAACCCAACGUUGUCCUGGGAACCAAAGCCGUACGUCCGGUAAUGCCAAAUUUGAAGCAUUUUCCGAAAGAUCCGCACGUCUGGGGCGUAAUGCUGAAAGAAAAUAAAGGCACGUCAGUUGUUAUUAAUGUCAGGAUUCCACCUUAUGUUCAAAUAGGAAUUUGGGCCUGUCACAUCAUAACAACAAUAGCUGGGCAAAAGGGAGUUAGAAAAGAUUAUAAAGUGGAAGACGACGUAUACAUCAUCUUCAACCCUUGGUGUCCGGAAGAUGGAGUCUAUAUGGAAAACGAAGAAGAAAGAAAUGAAUACGUAAUGAAUGAAACUGGAAAAAUCUGGACUGGAACAUUUAAAAAACCUACUGGAAAACAUUGGAUUUUCGGUCAAUUUGAUGAAAUAUCUUUACCCACAGCUAUAUUCCUUUUGGAAAAAUCUGGUUUAGCCACUGCGCAACGAGGAAAUCCAGUGAUGAUUUCCAGGGCUAUUUCUGCGAUGAUUAACGCUGUUGGUGAUGGAGGUCUACUAGAAGGACGUUGGGAUGGAGACUAUUCUGAUGGGACGUCGCCGUUUUCAUGGGCAGGCUCUACAUCUAUUAUGGAACAAUAUUUAACCACCGAUGGUACCCCAGUGAAAUACGGCCAAUGCUGGGUAUAUGCUGCUACUACCGUAACAGUAUGUAGAGCUAUAGGUCUGCCUUGUAGAGCUACCACUAACUAUGUAUCUGCUCAUGAUACUAAUAGUUCGUUAACUGUUGAUAAAUAUUUUGAUAUAUUUGGUGAAAAAAUCGAAAACGGUCCUGAUGGGGCAUGCAAAGAUUCCUGCUGGAAUUUCCACGUAUGGAACGACGUCUGGAUGUCAAGACCGGAAUUACCUGUGGGUUAUGGAGGUUGGCAAGUUAUUGACGCUACUCCUCAAGAAUUAAGCGACAAUUCAAUGAGAUGCGGUCCUGCAUCAGUGGUGGCUGUUAAAAAAGGCGAAGUCGGCCAUUUGUAUGACACUCCAUUUGUGUUUUCCGAAGUUAAUGCCGACAUAAUGCAUUUCCAAGAAGACGAGGAUUCUGAUUGGGGAUUUAGCAGAACUUCUGUUAAUCAGUAUCACGUGGGACGAAUGAUUUUGACAAAAAAGCUGGGACCAACAGAUGACAGUGGCGACAGUGAUUAUAUAGAUAUAACUCAUUUGUAUAAAAAUAAAGAAGGAACCGAAUCAGAACGUCUUGCUGUUUUUAAUGCAGUUCGAGGUGUUCCAAAGGCUCAACAUAUCUACCAUCUUCCAAACAAAGGAGAAGAAGAUGUGUCAUUCGAUCUCCUAGACAUUGACACUGUACCAUUGGGUCAUAAGUUUACGGCGUUGGUCAAAGUUGAGAAUAAAUCCACAGCAGAAAGAACCGUCAAAAUAACGUUAUCAGCCACGUCGGUUUACUACAUGGGUAACAUAGCUAAUGACCUCAAGAAAUCAAGGGGAGUUAUUAAACUAAAGCCUGGUCAAAAAGAAACGGUAAGGCUGGAAGUACUCCCAGCAGUCUAUCUUGGCAAGCUUGUCGACCAUUAUUUUGUGAAAAUUUACUCGAUAGCAAAUGUUGAAGAAACGAAGCAGGUGUGGAGUGAAGAAGACGAUUUUUGUCUGAGUGUUCCAGACGUUGUAAUUGAUGCACCAAAAGUCGCUAAGACCGGUGAAAAAUGUAACGUCAAAUUUAGCUUCAAGAAUCCAUUAGAUAUGCCAUUAACAGAAUGUACAUACACCAUCGAAGGUCCAGGAGUCAGUAAAGCUAAAGAGAAUAAAUUCAGGGAUGUAAAACCCAACGAAGUGGUCACUCUUUCUGAGAGCUUCACUGCCAAGAAAGCUGGAGUCAAGAAGAUUGUCGUUAACUUUAAUUCAAAGCAAGUUCACAAUAUUCAUGGAACUUCAGAUAUAACACUUACAUAAUUGAAUAUGCUCUUAUA